CGAGUGAGAAAUAGUAAACCGAUAUAUAACAUUCACUGUAUAGCUGUAGCAUCAUUACCCUAGUAUAGACACAUUCAGACAAAAUGGAUAGACCACCUGUUGGAAAAGUGGAAGAUUUAGCCACUCUUGCUAAGUUGGACGAAAAAGUGCUUUUGGCGGAGUUGAAAACGAGAUAUUACAAUAACGAUAUUUAUACUUAUGUAGGGGAUAUCCUGAUAGCUGUGAACCCAUUCAGAGACAUUGGGAUUUACGAUGACCAGACAUCGCUGAAGUACAACCUCUCAAAGAAGAGCGAGAAUCCCCCGCACAUAUUUGCGAUUGCGGACUCAGCGUUCCAGUGCAUGGUGGGAUAUGGCGGGCGAAUACCGACCAACCAGUGCCUCCUUAUCAGUGGGGAGAGUGGCGCUGGGAAGACAGAGAGCACAAAACUCAUCAUCAAACAGCUGAUAGAACUUUGCAAUGGCAACACACAGCUGGAACAACAGAUCCUUCAGGUUAACCCGCUGUUGGAGGCCUUUGGCAAUGCUCAGACCAAGAUGAAUGACAACUCCAGUAGAUUCGGCAAAUACAUUCAGCUCUCCUUCCACAAUGGACAAGUUCUUGGAGCCAAGAUCUCAGAGUACCUGCUGGAAAAAUCAAGACUGACAUUCCAAAGCUCUGGCGAGGAAAGUUUCCACAUCUUUUACUACAUGAUGGCUGGCCUCCCAAAGUCUAAACAAGAACAGUUCUGUCUUCAAGCAGCAGACAAAUACAGAUACCUUGCCAAUGGUAUAGCUGGAAUAUCCAAUGAUCGCCAGAUGUCAAAAAAGCAUUACGAAGAGCUCCUCAAUGCCCUGGACCUUGUGGGCUUCACUGAUGAGGAACAGUAUGACAUGUUUACCGUGGUUACAAGUGUCCUUCACCUUGGCAACACGAUGUUCGAGGAGGAUGAUAGUGAUCAUUCUGAGAUACAGGAUAUGGCACCUGUGUCAGUUGUGGCUAAACUCUUGAAUGUAGAUGAACAAGACAUGGCUGGCUGUAUGACAUCCAUUGUGACAAUCACACGUGGAGAGCACGUCAAGAGACACUACUCUAAGGCCCAGGCUGAAGAGGCGAGAGAUGCUAUAGCUAAGAUCUUGUAUGGUCGACUGUUUGGCUGGAUUGUUAACAAGAUAAACCAGCUGUUAGCUCCUGACCACGAAGUACCACAAAACGAGUCACGAGAGAUUGGCAUUCUUGACAUUUUUGGCUUCGAACAUUUUGAGAAGAACAGUUUUGAGCAGGCCUGUAUCAACCUGGCCAAUGAACAGCUGCAGUUCUUCUUUAACCAGCAUGUGUUCAAACAAGAACAAGAGGAGUAUGUGAAAGAGGGGAUUGACUGGCAGGAGAUCAAGUUUGUGGAUAACCAACCUCUCCUGGACCUGUUCCUGGCAAGGCCUGUGGGCAUGUUAUCCAUACUUGAUGAAGAGAGCAAAUUCCCCAGGGCUACAGACCUGACCCUGGUUGGCAAGUUCAACAAGAAUUUCACAUCGUCCAGUUACUACAAGCCAAUCAAGAGCACGCAGGAGAGCAAAUUCUCCAUCUGUCACUACGCCGGUGAGGUGACAUACGAUGCUAGAGGGUGGCUUGAGAAGAAUCGUGACACCCUACCACCCGGUGUGAUGGAGAUGCUACAGGGGAGUCAGAACGCUCUUGUCAGGUCCAUAUUUAAAGCACAAGUGACCAGAACAGGAACCUUAGCUUUCCAGGGAAGAAAAUCAACAAGAAAGACCAGAAAGGGAGGGCACAGGCCAAGUUUGGAUGCUGCCAGAAAGAGGAAACAAACAGUUGGUGCCCAAUUCAAGAAUUCCCUGCAAGUUUUAAUGGAGCGAAUGACGUCAUCCACACCCAUCUUUAUCCGAUGUCUCAAGCCAAACCAUGUGAAGGCUCCCGGCAACUUUAAUGAAAAAUACAUCAACCAACAGCUACUGUACACUGGAAUGUUGGAGACAACAAAAAUAAGGAGGGAAGGGUUUGCUGUGAGGCCAUCAUUUGAGGACUUUGUAAACAAAUAUAAAGUGAUCCUGUGUAAGCCCCUGCUAACUGGAAGCAGAGACAACUGUUCCAAGAUCCUGCGGGCCACGAGUAUCAAGGGUUGGCAGGUUGGCAAAACCAAGGUCUUCCUCAAGUAUUUCCAUGUGGACCAGCUUACAGAAGUGCUCGAGCAGAUGGGCAAAUCUGCCAUCACUCUGCAGAGAAUUGUGCGAGGGUUCCUAGCCAGACGUCAUUUUGCUAGGAAACUUGAAGUUGCUAGGCAACAGGCAGAGAAGAUUGCGGCUCUGCUCUCUCAGAUUGAGGGGCUCUCCAUGAAGAUGUUAAACCAACAAGAAGGAGUUAAACAACAGGAUAAGGACAUCCCGCAAGCUUUUUUUGGUCGGCCAGGCAGUGUUAUAGAGCCCAACUACCCGCCCCCAGUGCCUGAUUUCCCGUAUAAAGACCUUUCCCAUGUGGGUGGGGCAAGCAUUGCCUCCUCACAUCGGUACUUGGAGCCCCAACCUUCCAAAAAAUUUGCUGACUUUGGAACACAGGCAAGCGACAGUGACAGCGAGGUAUCAGACGACGAGUUUGUCCCCCAGAACUCCAAGGCCCAUCCUGGAAACAAAGAGGCCUCGAAAAACUGGUUUCAGGAAACCCAGGCCACCCAGAUUUACGACCCAAUGGCUUCUAACUUCAUUGCUGAGUGGUUCCACGGUGUCAUAUCGAGGAGGCAGUCAGAGAACUUGUUAAAAACCAAAGCAACUGGAACAUUCCUGAUCAGAGUUAGCGAGAGCAGAUUUGGAUACACAUUGUCAUUCAAGGGAGAGAAUCGAGUUCAUCACUACAUGAUUGACCAGCUGCGCAACAAAAAGUUUAUAGUUGUUGGGGAACCAAAGGUCCAUAAAACACUGAAGGACAUCAUUGAAUACCACCAAAAUAAUCGUAUCUCCAACUGGAAAGGCUUCUUGACUGAUCCUUGUGGCCAGGAGUCAGGGGAGUGUGACUAUGGUGAUCUUGUGAAUGAGAACUUUUACUUCACCCUGCAAGCUGAAAUACAGAGACAGAAAACUGGCAAGCCCCGGAACAUCAGAGAGAGCAAUUAUCGGGCCCCUCCCCCACCCCCUUCUGAGCUUGUGAACCAGGGACCUCCUGUACCCAAUAGAAAUUACAGUGUAGCUUUUUCUGGCCGCUCUCAGCAACAAUCAAAGCGACCAUUGCCAAAACGACCUGACGAAGCAUACAACCGUCUCCUUAGCAACCAAGAGAAAACCCAUGCUUUUGGCCAAAGAGAUAAAAAAUAGACAUUGUGGUAAAAAUUAAAUACAAUCUGUUGAUCAGUUUGAUUCACCGGGAAAUGUGUAAAUAUAUUGCCAAUAUAUUUUGUGAAAUAUUGAUAACAGUGUCUACUUAGCCACCAGGAAACAUACCACAAACACAUGCUUAUAUAUGUAAAUGUUUUUUUCAUUUAUAAUAUAUUUUUUUAUGUAAUUUUAUUUUGAAAAUGAGUGUUAUUUGUUACUGUUAUGUAUUAUGGUUGAUUUUCUUGAAAAGUCUGAAGUGAAACAGGUUUAAGCCAAAUUACCUGCGUAAACUUGAUUUUAUAAAGCAAAAAGUAGAUUAUUCUGAUUGUCCAUGAAAUUAUUUCCUUUAAAAGGCUCAAAACUCUUUAAAAUAUGAUAUUUUACAAGUUAAACUAAAACGAGAAUAGUGUGCAUAUAGCAUGAUCCUGUAAUACUUGAUUGAUAAAAAAAUUGGGGUAUGAUUUAAAUAUAAAUGGAUUUCUUCUCCUUGAAAUAACCAGAAAUUGUUCAGAACUUCAGAUAUACAUAGAAGAUUUCUAUAUUAAUGGAAUGCUUCACCUUUAAACUACCAGAAAUGGUUAUAAGUUACAAGUAUGAUAUAAAUAAAAAAGGGAAGACUUCUCCUUGAAAUAACCAGGAAUGGCUGCAUGCUUACCAUGGUAACAUCCAUGUCAUUGUGUCAUUGUCAACAUCCAUGGAGGUGAGAACAUUUAUUUUAUAUCAACUCGGACAUCGAUUACAUUUUUGUGUGAAAAAUAUUUGGUAUAUUGAUAUAGAAAGAAAUCCUUUGAUAUAAAACCAAACUAUCAUCAUGCAGGAUUUGUAAGCAAAAGACAAAUGUUAGGAGAGCUAGGGUACAGGGACUAUAUAAACAUUGAAAUUAUAUGGACAUUAAAUAUUUAAAUACUGAUAAUUUGUGAUAAUGUUAAUCCAUGUUAUUUGUGAUAAAUAAAAUACUGUGCAUAAUAAUUGUCAUGUUUAAAUCUAAGGAGAUUAUCAUGUUGGAAAAUCCAUUUUAUCCAUGUGUUCAUUUAAAUUGUAAUUCCCAUGUUUGUGAAUGUUUAAACCAAUACUCAGAUUUUGAAAACACUUCUCCAUUACUGUAAAUUCCAAAUGAUUGUAUAUUUCGGUCGGACACAGUUUCAGUAUUGUCUUGGUUGUAAAUACUCUUCAUUAUGUUCUUUACAUGUUUGCCUUCCUUUUGUAACUUUACAUAAUAGCAUUACUAAGUUCAAGUAGUUUUUUUCAGAAUUAAUUCAUGUGCUUAUUUAAUUGUGCCAUAUAUUAUGGAUGCAUUUUUUCUGAUUUGCUGUUUUUAUUUGAAAGUCUAUAUUUCAAGAAAAUAAACAAUAAAUCAAUAUUUUUUUAUCAAAAUUAUUAUAAAAGUGUAAUUGAAAUGUUUGUCCAUGUUUAUAUUUUUUCAAAUCAGCACUGCAUUUAACAAUCAAUCUAUAUAUUGUUUAAGAUGUAUGUACAUGUAGCUUUAUGAUACUUAAUCAGUUGUCUUUGUAUUGGACAUCUUUUUAACACCAAAAUAGCUGGUGCAUAACUACCGUAUAAUUGUUUUACUAACAAAUGCCAAAAUAUAUAUUUUUGUUACUGAUUGGUUGUGACUAUAUUUUUAUGAAUACAUUCCAUAAACAUUUCAUAUCAAUUUUAUAUACAUUGUUUUAAAUAAAAACAUACUAAGUGUU